AUGUGCUCUUUUAAUUCUGUUAAUGCUGAAGGUUUUAAACAAAUAUGUCAGGCAAUAUUUGACGUGGAUUAUAAGUAUGGCUUAGAUAAAUUAGGUAAACCUUCUAUUGAAGAAUUACUGCCUGAUCAUAUAAAUCUAUCACACAGCAUUAAAAAAAUUGCUAAUGAGUAUCGUUUGAAAAUGAAUGAUGUUUUACGUGAAGAUUUAAAAGAAGUUAAAUUAAUUAGUUUCAGUAUUGAUUAUUGGAAAAAUUCUUAUACAGGUAACAACUGUGUAACGGUGAACAUUCGCUAUACAAAAAUGUUACUCGAGUAA